UCCCUGAAGCAGAGAAACUGAAGCGGGAGAUGCGAGCUCUGGCUCAGUGGAAGCACUACACCGAGUGCGAUGGGAGCCCCGAUCCUUGGGUUGCCCAGGAAAUGAACACGUUCAUUAGCCUGUGGGAAGAGGAGAAGAACGAGACCUUUGAGGAAGUGAUGGAGAAAAGUAAACUGGUGUUGUCUUUGAUUGAAAAGCUGAAGUUAAUUUUACUGGAAACUCCUUCAAGUGACCUGGACAGCAAGACCACCCUGCAGCAUCAGGGGUUCAUCCUGCGCCUGCAGGAGCUCCUCGGGAUGAAGGUGAACGUGGCCACAGAACUACUACUCCGACAAGCUAGUACCUUAGCAGACCUGGACACUGGGGAUAUGGAGAAAGUCAUCAGAGAUGAGAAUGUUACCCUGUACGUGUGGGCAAACCUCAAAAAGAAUCCAAGGCACCGAAGUGUGAGAUUCUCAGAUACACAAAUUGGAUUUGAAAUCCCAAAGAUACUAGCCACAAGCAACAUCGCCCUUCGGCUUCUACACACACGCUAUGACCACGUCACGCCUUUGUUCCCCACUGCCUUCGCUGAGGGAAAGCAAAAACAUAUGGAAGAUGAGCAAUUCAAUGAAGAGGAAAGAACAGAAAAGGCUGUCACUGAAGAAAAAAUCCUUACUGAAGAAAAAGCGGCCAACGAAGAUGAGCAGCCCAAGUCUGAGGAAGAGAGGGAGCCCAGCUCGGUCCAGGAGGAGGAGACCAAACAUGAGGCUGCAGAGGACACUUCCAUACAAAGGAUUUUGUACGGUGAAGAGGAUGAGUUCCAAACCACCCAGUGUGAGCUGGAAAUGAAGUUGCUGAGUGAAGCGGUCUCAGCAGCACAGCUGCGUCUGGUAGAGAAUGUAGUGGAAAUGCCAGAAGCCCUGGAACCCAACGAGGUGGACCUGUGCCAUUUCUACCCCCUGGGCGGCGUGUACCACUUGGAUAUCCUGGAGCUGCCCCCUCAGUGCAAACCAGUGAAGGGCUGGGUGCUAGUGGAGAUACUCCAAGGAGGACUACAGAGGUUUACAUAUCCUCCAGAGACCACAGACGAGCCUGACCCAGAGAGCGCCUUCCCACCCAUAGAGGUCACGAUACAGAUCCAUGAGAACGUCAUCUUCUUCGAGAGGCCUAAGGUCGUCAGGUGGGAUGCUGAAGAUAAACUCUGGAGGUCAGACGGCAUCAGCAGUGUGUAUUACAACCGAGACGACAGGCUCCUAACCUUCAGCAUGGAUACCUUGGGCCCCGUGACCUUGAUUCAGGAUGCCCAUAUCAACAUGCCUUACCAGUCCUGGGAGCUGAGUCCCAUCGGCAACAACAAAGCCGUUAUAAUCGUGAAGACGGUUUUCAUCGAGCUCCAGAUACACAUCAAGGAAACCCUCUGCAUGUUGGCUUCAGUGAAACUGAGGGGCAAGGUCCGUGAGUUUCAUCUAAAAGGAAAAUGGAUGGCUCCCAUUCCCUUCAUCCUGGCUUUGAAAGAAGCCGGGCUGAACAUCUUCCCAGCUAUAUACUCUCAUUUUUAUGUGGUCGUCAACAAUAAGGUCCCCCAGGUGGAGUUGAAGGCCUAUAGGCAGAUGGCCCUGAUGAGCACGGCCUUCUCGUUUGCCUGGAGCAAGUGGAACAUGGUCUGCAACUCCACAAGAGUUGUGUUUCGGGUGAGGGAACACAUGAUAGAAAAUACAGAGCACAGCGCCUGGUCGCUCCUCAUGUUCAGCGGUGACAGAGCGCAGAUGCUCAAGAUGAAGGAAGAGAAUGACAAGUUCUCCGAGACCCUCAGGGAGGGCACCGAGUUUCACUCCACCUUGUACCACAUGAUGAAGGACUUUGCCUCCCCAGUGGCAAUGGAGAGAGUCAGGCAUUCGGACUGCCAGUUCAUCGACUCGGUGUGCUACAUGCUGCUGUCUAUCCGGGUCCUCAGCUAUUCCUAGUCUUCGCACCCUGUGUAAAAGCGGCGAACCCUCAUACCUGAGAGGAAUGAGGUAUCUUUCCAAUCAGCCACUAAAAUGUCCCAAGAGCACCCGGCAUUCCAGCUGCACUCCAGGAAGAUUUGAAUGGUCUUUAUUUGGAUACAUUUCAAUAAAGUCUUAUGUCUCUGACUCAGAAA